AUGGCAGACCCACUUUGGUUGGCCAACAAUAAUUUUACCACAAUCUUAUUAAACGACUCGUUCGGCUCCACUCACGAGAUUGACUCACUGGAAGCGUUCGGACCACGAGUUCAAUCAUGUCUGAUAACGCUGUACUCAUUGACCGCGUUUCUGGCCUUUACGGGCAAUAGUCUAGUGAUUAUGGUUGAGAUGUAUGGCAAACGUUCAGCAAGGAACUUGCGCAAAUUUCUCAUUAACCUGGCCAUCUCGGACAUUUUAAUUGGCGUUCUAUCUGUACCGUUUAUCUACACUGAUUUGAUGCUGGGUCGUUGGAUUUUUAGUCCAAUCCUAUGUCCGAUCGCACAAUUCGUUCAGUUAUUGUCAGUAUUUGUCACAACAUAUACUCUUACGGCUAUUGGCAUUGAAAGAUACAUCGCUACCCUGCAUCCAUUAACCUGCGCCAACACAUGGCUACGAUCGCAUUGCAACUUGGUACUCGGGGUGGGGUGGGUGAGCGGCGCUGGUCUGGCCUCAGUGGCCGUACUCCACACUCAAGCCCUACCAUUCAGUUUCCGUAACGAAACCUACUAUGACUGUCGCCACGACGUGGACUGGCCGGAGCCCGACGUCAGGGUUUACAUAGUGUUUUCGUUUGUGUUCACUUUCCUGGUGCCCAUGGUCUUUAUUACCGUGUCGUACGGCGCUAUAGCCCGUCGACUACUCCGGUGCCCGUUUCUCAACGCCUCGUCCGGCGUUUUCUAUGAUAAAAGGAAUACAGAGUUUAUCAAUAAAAUGAGG